AUGGAGAAAUUGUCUAGCCUAAUAGCAUGUGCCUUGAUCUUGGCUAUCGCAAAGAACCCAAUCUUCAUGAAUGCGGGAGAUCCCGACAUUCUGAAGGAUUUCCCAGUCCCUCCAAGCCUCAACGAGAGCACAAUCACUAGGCAAUACUUCACAUUUACCAAUUUCAGGGGUCAACCCGCUGCACACGCACCUGCGGUCAGCCGAGCUCCUGAUCGUCCUGGAAGGCAUACUCGAGGUCGGUUUCGUCAACACAGAAAAUUGGCUCUUCCUGCAGACCUCCAGGCCCACGACCUGUUCAUCUUCCCGAAAGGGCUGGUCCACUUCCAGGUCAACACAAAGCCUGACUGCAAGGCUGUGGCACUCGGAGCGUUAAGGGCAGUCUCGAUCCCAGCUACCAUGUUUGGGAGUGGGAUCGAUGUGGAAAUCCUGGCAAAGGCUUUCCAUACGGAUGAUCAGAUCAUAUUCAAGCUAGUGCAGGCCAACAAGUAA